UGGCUCUGCGAAAGUUUGCAGAGGAAAGUUUUAAACUGUCACUGGCUGUCGGGAGGAGACUGAUGGAGGACAGAGGGGACUGCGAUUCGUAAGCAAACGUGAACACCGUCAUACAAACAAAGUCAACAAAAAGUCUUGAGAAUGCAACUAAAACGCCCCGUGGAGCAGCACCAUGUCCAGGCCUGAACUGGAGAAGUUUGUUGGGACUGUCACAGUUUAAGCGCAACAAAGCGAGAAGUGCAUCCAGCCCAGAUGGAAAUCAUUUGAAUUGACAAUCGACGCGGUGUUAGAAAGGCAUUAAAUGUUUCUCAAAUACAGGCUAGCGUCCUGACAAAAUGACCCGUUUGGACUGCGGGCUUCACGCUUUUGGACAAGGAAUUUCUCCCAUUCACUCCUUCAUCGUGCUUCUGACGGUCCUGGAAAACUGCAAAACGCUGGGAUUUUUAUCACAUAAACCAGAGAGAUCUCAGCAGGAUCUGCCUCAGUAUGAAGUGGUUCGCCCCACUAGAGUGGAUGCCAGAGGUCACUUCCUGUCCAACUUCCUGUCUCACCAUGUUCGCCGUGUACAGCGCCGGCAAGCCUCAGAGGGACCAGUGGCCUUAGAUCGAGUAUUCUACCAGUUGUGGCACGGCGGCCACAGUUUGAACUUUAACCUCACCCUCAACCCACACCUGCUGGCUCCAGCCUUCCUGACGGAGAGGAGGUACGGCAGCCUGGUUGGGGCUCAGAUUCAUCCUUCUGGAUCCUCCCAUUGCCAUUUCCUAGGUGAAGUGUGGGAUGAGGCCACUGUUAAAGGGAGUGCAGCUAUAAGUACCUGUGAUGGAUUGACAGGACUGUUCAAGUUGUCAGAUGAAGAGUUUUUUAUUCAGCCUCUGGAGAAGCCGAGCCACAAUACCUCAGCUCUACAGGCCCACGCCAUCUACAAACGGCACGUGUCCCCUCCCUCCUGGAGUCCAGUCGUACAGCCGAUCUCAGGGAAACAAGCUCUCAGCGGUACCUGCGGUGUCAAAAAUUCCCAUCAAAGUUUUGAAGACAUUGAGAGACAGCGGGAGCGCUGGGAGCACCGCCAGCAGAGAAGAAGGAGGAGAAUUCGUCAACGCUCCGUCAGCAAAGAGAAGUGGGUGGAAACACUGGUGGUGGCUGACCCUAAAAUGGUGGAGUAUCACGGGAGCAAAGCUGUGGAAAGCUAUGUCCUCGCUGUCAUGAACAUUGUGGCAGGUCUGUUCCGAGAUGCCAGUAUUGGAAACGCAAUCAACAUUGUGGUUGUUCGACUCAUCCUACUGGAGCAGGAUGAGGAUGACUUAAAGAUUACACACCAUGCUGACAACAGUUUGAACAGCUUCUGUAAGUGGCAGAAGAAACUCAACAUGAAAGGAGACGAACACCCGCUGCACCAUGAUGUAGCCGUUCUGCUCACCAGGAAGGAUAUCUGUGCAGCCAUCAACAUGCCCUGUGAGACUCUGGGUCUGUCCCAUGUGGCGGGGAUGUGUCAGUCACAUCGCAGUUGCAGCAUAAGUGAGGACACAGGUCUCCCAUUGGCCUUCACUGUAGCUCAUGAGCUGGGACACAACUUUGGGAUUCAGCAUGAUGGCAACGGUAAUGACUGUGAACCCAUUGGGAAACGACCUUUCGUCAUGUCUCCACAGCUCCUGUACGGCACCUCCCUGCCCAGGUGGUCACACUGCAGUCGCCAGUAUAUCACCCGCUUCCUAGAUCGUGGCUGGGGCUGGUGCCUUGAUGAUGCCCCGGUGAAGGAUAAGCUGUCUCUGAGCUUGGUGCUUCCUGGGGUUCUGUACAACGCUGCCCAUCAGUGCCGGCUGCAGUAUGGAUCUGGAUCUGUGCUCUGUGAUGACAUGGACAAUGUAUGCAGCACUCUGUGGUGCACAGUGGGAACAACCUGCCACUCAAAGCUGGAUGGGGCUGUAGAUGGGACCAGUUGUGGCGAGGACAAGUGGUGUUUCAGUGGGGAGUGUGUAGCAUUUGGAACUCACCCCGAGAGUAUAAAUGGGGGCUGGGCAUCCUGGAGCGAGUGGUCGGCCUGUUCAAGGACGUGCGGGGCUGGAGUCCAGGGUGCCCAAAGAGACUGUGAUAACCCCGUUCCUAAGUACAGAGGAAAGUAUUGUCUGGGAGAACGACGGAGGUACAAGAUCUGUAAUGUCGCACUGUGUCCUCAUGACCUGCCCACCUUCAGAGACAUCCAGUGUAGUCACUUUAACACCAUGCCAUACAAGGGCAAGUUCUACAAGUGGGAAGCAGUCAUCAACAGAGUCAACCCUUGUGAACUGCACUGCCGUCCACUGAAUGAACAUUUUUCUGAAAAGAUGCAGGAUGCCGUCACUGAUGGGACGCCAUGCUAUGAAGGCAACAAAAGUCGAGAUAUGUGUAUCAAUGGCAUCUGUAAGAAUAUAGGUUGUGACUAUGUGAUUGACUCCAGUGCUGUAGAGGAUCGCUGUGGUGUGUGUCUUGGUAAUGGUUCUACCUGUACAACUGUGAAGAAAACGUUUGAGGAGAGAGAAGGACUUGGCUAUGUAGAUAUUGGACUGAUCCCAGAGGGAGCCAGGGACAUCCGAAUUGAAGAGGUGGCUGAAGCCGGAAAUUUCUUGGCGCUACGAAGUGACAAUCCCAGCAAGUAUUUUCUGAAUGGUGGCUGGACGAUCCAGUGGAAUGGAGAGUACAAGGCCGCUGGGACAGUAUUCACCUAUGUGAGGACAGGACACCUAGAGAACCUGACGUCUCCUGGGCCCACUAUGGAACCACUGUGGAUUCAGCUUCUCUUUCAGGAGACCAAUCCAGGAGUGCGGUACGAGUACACAAUCAGUCUCAAUGUCUCAGAGGACAAUGACAUCCCCGUGUCAGUUUUCUUCUGGAAAUAUGGUUCAUGGACUGAAUGCAGUGUUACCUGUGGAACAGGUGUUCAGAGGCAGAUUGUUCACUGUGUGGAAAAGACAACUGGGAUAGUGGAAGAGCACUUCUGUGACCCCUUAACCCGACCUGAAGAUAACCAAACCAGCUGCAGCAAGGAUCCAUGUCCAGCCAUAUGGUGGGUUGGGGAGUGGCAGAAAUGCUCAGCAAGCUGUGGGAGCUCAGGCCUGGCCAAAAGGACAGUGCUCUGCAUCCAGGCUGUGAGUGCAGAGGAGCAGAAAGCCCUGCAGCCUAGUGAAUGUGAACACAUACCCAGACCUGAGUCACUAUCCUCCUGCAACACACACAUCCCCUGCCCAGCAGACUGGACCACUGGCAGCUGGUCAAAGUGUUCACUGACUUGUGGAAGUGGAGUACGUCACCGCAAUGUAACCUGCUCUAGAAACACAGGUGCCGACUGUGAACCACAAAAGAAACCUCUAGCUGUUGGUACCUGUUACAUUCAGGACUGUCCGCAGGUUGUGGAUAAUUUUGGAGGUAUCGAUUGGUCAGGAAGCGGAUGGUCGAGCAAAGAAGUGCUCAAUGAAAUUAACUCCAUACCUGACGCCAAACCUCCUCCCAAAUACAGCACCACCAGAGCCCAACCUAAAAAUCAUAAUAACCUGAAUAACAUUGUUGAGGGAGAUUUUCACUAUCACAAUAACAUUGAGAAUAUUGAUCACAACAGAGUUCAAGUUGAUGAUUUUUACUAUGACUAUAACUUUAUCAACUUCCAUGAAGACUUGUCAGAUGACUUUGAGAGCGAUGCAGAAGAUUCAGAGGACAGACACAAAUUCAGUGAUUCACAGGAGGACAAGCCAGCCCACGGAGCAGAAGAAAAUGCCAUCAUUGAAACUACAAAAGCUCCCACAGCUCUUUCAACCAUUUCUCCAAUUUCCAAGGCUAUUGGCCACUCUGGGAACACAGAAGAGCCACAGCACACAAAUCUGGACAAUGUGAAGAACAGUGGAAAUGCAGCAACAAAAGAGUCUAUACAAAUAAGUUCUGAAAAUUUGGACGACUUUCUUUCUGAGGAUUAUCUUCUGCCUGUAUCUACUACUCACUCACCACCAUUGUCCACAACUGAGUAUUCACAAACACUAAAAGAGAUACAUGGAGAUGUGUGGUGGCCUGAAAACAUUAGCACAAUGCCUAGUCUGGAUUCCACUACAAAGGAGCCUACACAGAAUGUGAAAUGGGGGCAAGAUGAGGAUGAGGCUGAAAAUAACUAUGACAAUAUGACUGAGGAGGAAAAUCACACUGCGGAUGUCACUGUGACUCCAAAACAUGCCGCUCCUACUCCUGGACAUCAAACAGUUAUUAGUGCUAUUGUCACCACAACAGUGAGCACUCAGGAGACGGAGACACGUGGUGAUCAUGAGUAUAGUUACAAUGAGGAAAGUACACUAGGCCCAGAUAUCUCUGCAAACCAAGAGGAUGUAGAGAAUUCAGAAUCUUCGCCAGAGACUAUGAUUCAGGUUAAGACUGAAGUCCAGCUGGACGAACGUGCUUCAGAAAUACCUAAGACAACCAGUCACUCAACAGUAUUUCCAACUACCUUCACAUGGGAUGAUUUGGACUUGGAUCAGACUAAUUUUAAUACAGUAUAUGCCACCAGCGAAGGUAAUUCAUGGGAUACUGACCCUGACCUCAGUACAACCUCACUUCCUGCCUCUCAGAAAUCCACUCCUCUUCCCUUUCUGCUAAUCUCAGGUAGCCGAGAGGCCUCUGAUGACUCCACAUUAUUAACUGGAACAGAAAUCAUACCUCCUACAAACCUGGAGGGAGCCACUUGGCCUUCUCCAGUUGAUAUCCUGCCAGCUACAACAGAAAAGAUACCUACAAAACCUGCCUUCACUGGAAGAACUGGAACAGAAUCCACAUCCCAAGCUGUACCAUUUGAUGUGGCUGAUUUUGACUACAAUGAAAUAGUCAUUCCCCCGAUGGUGAGGAGCAGCAGUGACAGUGACAGUGGACCUUCUCAUCAGCUUCCAACAAACUCUGUAGCCACUCCUCAACAUAGCAUAACACUGACACCAACACCUGCUGUGCUCAUUUUGCCAACCCAUCCACCUAUUGUAGGGUCACUUCCAGUGCCAACAUCUUCCCAAACUUCACCCUCCACUCAAGUCACUUCUGCCGCCUACUGGGUCACCGGGAACUGGAGCCCUUGCUCCACCAGCUGUGGUCUUGGUGCUAUCUGGAGGACUUUGGCUUGCAGUACUGGCUCAGACUCUGACUGUGAUCCGACAAAGAGGCCCGCUCCAGCCCAGCGGUGCUACCUGCGCCCCUGCGCCACAUGGAAUGUUGGGGAAUGGAGUAAGUGCUCCAAAAAUUGUGAAGGCGGCAUUAAAUCACGAGAGGUCCAGUGUUUUGACAUGCGGGAUCAGAGACCCCUACGACCUUUCCACUGCAGGGCCAUGUCCCCCAGACCACAAACACAAACACCCUGCAACCUUCAGCCAUGUCUCGACUGGUACACCUCCUCCUGGGGUCAGUGUUCUGAGGUGUGUGGAGGAGGUGAGCAGCAGCGUAUAGUCACCUGUCCAGAGGAAGAUCGAUGCAACAGGGACCUUCAGCCCAGUAACAUCCAAUCAUGUAACAGCCAGCCUUGUGCUCAGUGGCUCACUGGAUCAUGGGGACAGUGUUCAGCUUCUUGUGGUGGUGGAGUACAGCAUCGACUCAUCAAAUGUGUUAACACAAAGGCUGAGACAGAAGAAGAAGUGGAUCAAGCUCAAUGUCACCAUGAGCCGCAGCCCGAGAGCACCCAGAAGUGUAACUUACAGGAGUGUGAGAGCAACCCCCGUGGAGCAGUUUGUCAUCGUGACCGCCUGACGUUUCGUUUCUGCCAGACUCUCCGGUGGCUCGGCCGUUGCCACCUGCCCAAUGUACGAGCCCAGUGCUGCAAAACCUGCAGCCAGCGUUCCCGGCCCAGCAGCACAUCUCGCCGCUGAGGUGCCACAAAAUAACCACUCAUACACCUCAUCAACAUGGACACUGAUUGCACCACUGAGUGAUGAAAUAUAAAUCAUCAUUUCAAGUCAACAAUCUGAGCCUUUUCCUGAUUUCUUCACCACUACAGAUUCAUGAAUUGGUCCCUCUCCAAAACUCAGCAUGUUUUUGCAGGUUAAAUUAUUAUGUAGGGCUGAAAGUAAUUGGAAAUAUAACAAGCAUUGCCUUUCUCUUAGCUAAACAAUGAGAAUGUAAAUAUUUGUUUGCACUUUUUAUUUUUUAGCCUGACCAGAAUUCUAUUUUAUGAAUCAAGAUUUCUUUGCAACAGAUGCAACAUUACAUAAAGUAGAGGGGUCUCCUCUCAGUGUAACAAGCUUAGUAAUGCAUUAUUUCACAUGUAGAUAAACCACUCAUUAACCUCUGGUUGGUACAAUGCUUUCAUUUUACUGACAGCAGCAGAAACUGUACAGAUUGAAACAGACAGUUAAAAAAUUUGCAGUGUGGUUUUACAUAUAGUGUGGUACAUGUGACAUGAAGCUAAAAAUGAGUGGUGCAUAAAUGCUUCAAGUGACAUUAAUAAACAGUUGACCGUUUACAAAGCCCCGCCCCCCAGUGUUGCUACACCUGUCACACCAACAAUGGGUCCUUGAUACAAGGCAGAAAUAGAUAAAAGCAUUUCUUGUCUGUGACUCAUUUUGUCAACUGAAAUUACUUGUUAAUUGUUGCUGUCAGAUUUCAUCACCUGUAGUUAGCUAACUAAACUGUUUGAAAAUGAGGUCUUCAUUAUGCACUUAAUGACUACAAACAUGGUGUAGUGCUGAAACACUGAAGCUAAAGCUACAUAUCUCAGUCGUCAGCUGGUGAGGACUGAAACAUGUAGUAGACAAGGAAAUAAAAAACACUGACCUUGUAUUGCAGAGUAUAAGUUAGUUAGUUAUCCCUUGUAUUGAACACAAGCAGGUUAGAGCAAGCAUGCAAUGCUAGACAUAGACAAUAAUGUUGGAACAGUUGUUUAGCUUCUCAUCCCACCUUGCAGCUCCAUUCACACUGCUUCAAUAUGUGGAGAGAUCCAAAGCUUGAAAGUUAUGGUUGCUAAACUACAAAUGGAAAGUUGCUGCUGGGGACAGGGUUUUAGCAAACGGUCACCUAAAAUGUUUAAUGUCCACAGCAGUUGUACAAAGCCUUUUUGAAGCAGUUGUGUCAGUAACAGUUGUGUAUUGUCACACUUGGGCUUUACCACACACAUUUUUGAAAGUCAAAAGGUAAAUGUAAAUGUGAAAAGUGAAGCUGCAGGAAAUACUUGGUGCUAGUGGCCACACAGGCUCCAGACAUUUUGGGUCAGGUAUUAGCAGGGCCAGUGCCUUAUCUACUUGAAUAUUGGAUACAUUUGAUGUCAUUGUUUUAAUUAAUUAACCACUUGAUUGAAAUAUGAGUCAAAUUCAGCAUUUCAGGAUAAAUGUUUUUUGAAGUUGAUUGUGAGUGUUCAAAAAUGUAGGGAAUUAAUGGAAUAACGUCAGUGUCAUAUCACACCAUGUUUAGUAAGGUUAAUUAAGGAAGUACACUGAUCAGCUACAACAUUAAAACCACCUGCCUAAUAUUGUGUAGAUCAUCCUUGUGCCGUCAAAACAGCUCUGACCCAUCAGGGCAUGAAAAUGGGACCUCUAGGGGACCCAGGGUUUUCCACCAGAACGUUGUAUUGUAACUAGAUGAUCAAUGUUAUUCACUUCACCUUUCGGUGGUUUUAACGUUGCAACUGAUUGGUAUGGGUGAAUCCAGUAAUUCAAACUUCUACGAAUAUGGAUUUUAGUUGCUGUUAUCUUCUUGUUUUGAAGGAAUCGAGCUCCUGACAUUUCACUCCUUCAUCUUUUGUGCUUGUUCCUGCAUUCAGAAUCACUGUUAGUACUGACACAUAUGUAGGGCUGCAAUUCAGAGUUUUUUCCAGCAGAGAGUGAAAAGCAGCUCAGACCUAUCAGUGCAGACCAGCCCAGGCAGCUGUAGUGCCAUCAUAUUCUCCAGAAUUUCUUUAUGCUGUUAAAUGUCUAAUGUAAAAAUUAGAUAAUAUUUGUAGAAAAGCUUUUUACUAUAUUAGAGGGAAAAAAACAAUGUGGUGCUUUUGUAAAAUAUAAAAAGUUGAGAUAAGGUGCCUAUAUAGGCUAUAUUGUCCCUUAAAUACAGCUUUAAACAUUUCUUUGCUGGAGGAGUGGAGUUAUGGUUCUGUAGAUAUAAGGCAUUUGUUGAGGGUAAUCUAAUCUUAGACUCUGCAAAACCCCUUUGUUGACUAAUGUCCAUGCUAUUCUCAGGCAACUGUAAACACAAGCAACACAGCAACUAAAUUACAGUUGGAGUGUCAUAACAUCUCACACAGUUAGAAAUCAUACAUCGCAAGUGAUUAUUAUUUGAUAAUGCAGAGUUGUAAUUUACUUUUAAUGUGUAUUAAAAGUAAAUUAUAAAUACCUUGUCUACAUAUGUUAUGUAUACAUGUAAAGGGCUAUUAUCUGGCAGAAAAAGAAAUGUUUUUUUUAAUAUUGAUGUGUUUUAAAGUGAAUUUUUCUUCAAAUUUUACAGAUAGGUACUGGGAACAAGUCAUUUAAGUAAUGUUGACAUGCUGCCUUGUUCAUUUUGCCAUCUCAAAAUGACAUCCAUCUGAAUUUGUGCUCAGGAGUCAGUGGUUUAUGCAAUAAGCCUCUCCUGUUGUUAGGCUUAGGCUCCAGCUCACCCACGACUGUUAAGGAUAAGCUGUAUAGAUAAUGGAUGGAUUGAUUGACUGAUGGAUGUUGUCAGGCUUUUAACCGUAGUGGAGUUUACAGGGAUACUGGUGGUAGACCUAUUCAAAUUCAACAUUCAGUUGGUCCAUGAGGUCAGACAGAAGAAGGCGAAAGCUGGCCUUUCAUUGUCAGUCAGUAACUGCUGAUUGACAACCGUCACUGAGAUCAAAAUCACAGAUUUGAUGUGAGUAAUAAGUCAGUCAGAUUUUGUUAACUCUUUGCUGUUUCUAGCUGACUCUGCAAGAGGGUCUUUGGUAUGCCUUUCAUAGCUACAUACUAGCCUUAUUUUUGACCACAGCAGUCCAUACACGUGUGAUUUCCUUUGCAAACCUUAUCAGAGAAGUCAAAAUGUUAUCUUUUAAACUAUUAUCCAGCAGCAGGUUGCAUCUUAAAAGCUAUUUUGUGGUUCUAUAGGUGUGUUCUGUCUUUUCAGAGAGAAUUACAUUUACAUCCAGUAUUUUCAGUGUGGUUUUGCAGCAGAUUUAAUGCAUGAUUCAACAAAGGAGAGUUGUUGAGAGGAGUCUGUGGAAAUGUUGGAUUUAAACACUGGUUUUGUCCUGGGCAAUCAUUUCAUCAUUCCAGUCAAAAAGCAGACAUCAGUUACCCAUGCAAUUACUUUUAAAGCCUGCUGCUACAAGAUGAUAUUACUAUUCUGAUAGCAAAUAUAUCUCUGGUAAACCUCCCCAUCAAAUCAUUGACCUUUGACAUAGUAGCAUAUGGGACUAGCUAACACACAUUAGAUGAGAACAGAAAAACUAUUUAAAUGUCCUUUUUAACAGCAGAUAUUUUGACAUGUCGAAGUAGGCAAGACACAGGUGAACUGAAGCACACGUACAUUGUUUAUGUUAGUUUUACCUGACUUGACUGAUACAUUCACAUUUUAUUUAUUAACAUAUUCCCACACUGAAAUACAGUUGAUGUUUGACUGCAAGGACUAUACAAGCCUUUUACUGCAACUAAGAUCAUAAUCAUUCUUUUUCUCAGUUUAGUUUGUUGAACUGAUCAUUUGAUCAUUAUGUUGGUUUCCAAGCACAAAAUCAAGACUCUAGCCAAGUGGCUAUAUGAUGCUUACCUGCCCACAAUUGGUAUGUACAGUAUUUUUCAAAAUAGAAAUGACAAUGUUACAGUCAUUGCAGUUAUUAAGCACAUUUUUCAACACAGUCAGUUGGCUAACUACAAUCUCUUAACAAAGUCCCUCUCAUUUUAAUGACCUGUUACUAGGCCAUACGUCAAUUACAUGUUUUGGAGAAAAUGUUAUUCAUUUAUUAAUCAGUGAUAUGUUACUACAUAUGGAUAUUUAUAUACUGUGCUUUAUACUACUAAAUAAAACUUGUGAAAACCGA